AUGUACACGGGCGCUGGUGCACCCGUGUACAUGGCUGCUGUCAUGGAAUACCUCGCUGCUGAAAUCCUGGAAUUGGCAGGAAAUGCCGCCCGUGACAACAAGAAGAGCCGCAUCGUGCCCCGUCACCUGCAGCUGGCCGUCCGUAACGACGAAGAGCUCAACAAGCUGCUGUCUGGCGUGAUCAUUGCCCAGGGCGGCGUUCUGCCCAAUAUCCAGGCUGUGCUCCUGCCCAAGAAGGCGGAGAAGUAG